AUGCCCAGCCGCCAAGUCAGGGGCUCCAACCACAACCACCACAACAACCACAACAACCACAACAACCACAACAACCACAACAACCAACCAUUCAUUGCCCGCGACAACGACAACCCCCCCUUCAAGACGCUCUUCUUUCCUUCUCUUCCUCGCAUACAUCAAAUCACAUCUCAUCUACAACACAAAACAUCCCACCAUGCCAACCGCCCAAGAUACGUACACCAUCUCCAUCCCCGUCUCCCCGCCGCCUCCUCGAAACCUGUCCGCCUACUCGCGGUUCAUGCACGACCACACCAAGCGACAAAUGGAGGCCAACGGAGCUACCACCACCCGCUCAAGUACAAGCAGCACCUCGUCAUCGAGCAGUGCUCUGACGAACGGAACAAUCCCUCGCGACUUCCGACCAUGAAGUUUGUCGGCGCUGGCGUACUACUCUGCUCCAGCUUUGAAAAUUUCUGCUGCGCAGGUUGUCUGCCACGACGUGGGUUUUCAGAUUUGCACAAGCCUAGCGGCCGGCCACUGGGUGGAAACUGUAUCACCGCUGCUUGGGGAGGGGAUAGCGAAUUUGUCCAGAUGGUGCUUUUGAGCAAGACGUAG